GUCUUGAGUAGAACCAAAGCAGAAUACAUGCCGCAAAUGAGAGUGAAAACAGAUGCAUAGUUAAGAUUAAGAUUAGUAAUAUGUGAGUGAUGACACAUGAGAGUGUUGGAUCGAGAUCAAAAUGGGUGAGGAGCGUGCAGAUGACUGUCAGGGGUGAGAGGGUUAGAAUGAAUGAAUGGGCAGUUGUGAGGCCUGCCAUGAUGCAUCGGUUGGUGACAGUUGCUCUGGCAGAAAGACAGGAAACAGAGUUAGGAGUGGCAUAGUUGGUGAUGAUCAGGUUUUCACUGAGAGUGAUUAGGAAUGACAAGACUAGAAAACGGAAUAUCGGAGGGACAGCUAAUAUGAAAAACCUGGGAGACAACAGGAGGAUUGGCUCAGAUCUGGGAACAUUUGGAAAGAAGAAUGCUAGAAACAAAGGAACCAGUCAAAAGAAGAAGAGAAAAGACAACGAUGAGGUUCUUGAAUGUGCUAAAGGAGCAGGUGGAAAUGAGAAGUGUGACAGGAUGCUGAAUUUUUAUCAAAAAAGUCAAGUCUCAAAUAUAUCAUUUGGGAAUAUCCUGUCAACUUGAUGUGUUUACAAAUGAAUAUGUACCUUGUUCUCUUGAAUGUGUUUUCUUCCUGCAAUGAAUCCUGAAAGGUAUUUAAACAGAGCAAAUGCUUUGAUGGUUUAAUUGACCACAUACAAUUUUCCCAUAUGUACAGUAAUCCUUCAUGCAAACAUUAGUGAAAGGAUUCAUCAGUUGUCUCAAAGUUGCUUUCAAACUAAGGUGUUUCAUUGAUGAUUUGGGCCAUUAGGUUAUUAUAUCAUUUGUCUUCAUUGCUGAGUUCGAUAUUCUGUUCACAAACUUCAAAUUAAUAUUCGUCACCCUCUUCUUCACCUUCGUCUCCAACACUAUCAGUUCCCACCUCCUCGUAGUCCUUCUCCAGAGCGGCCAUGUCUUCACGAGCCUCGGUGAACUCUCCCUCCUCCAUUCCCUCGCCCACAUACCAAUGAACAAAGGCCCUCUUGGCAUACAUGAGGUCGAACUUGUGGUCCAGUCGAGCCCAGGCCUCAGCAAUGGCUGUGGUGUUGCUCAGCAUGCACACAGCUCGCUGCACUUUGGCCAAGUCUCCUCCAGGAACCACAGUGGGCGGUUGGUAGUUGACCCCAACCUUGAAGCCAGUGGGACACCAGUCUACAAACUGAAUGGUGCGUUUGGUCUUGAUGCUGGCGAUCGCUGAGUUGACGUCUUUGGGCACCACGUCGCCGCGGUACAGUAGGCAACAUGCCAUGUACUUCCCAUGGCGAGGGUCACAUUUCACCAUCUGAUUUGAUGGCUCAAAACAGGCAUUAGUGAUGUCUGCCACUGACAGCUGCUCAUGGUAAGCCUUCUCUGCAGAGAUGACCGGAGCAUAAGUGGCCAGAGGGAAGUGGAUACGUGGAUAUGGUACCAGAUUGGUUUGGAACUCUGUCAGAUCCACGUUCAGGGCUCCAUCAAAGCGCAGUGAGGCAGUGAUGGAGGAGACUAUCUGCCCUAUCAGCCUAUUAAGGUUGCUGUAGGUGGGUCGCUCGAUAUCCAGGUUCCUGCGGCAGAUGUCAUAUAUAGCCUCAUUGUCCACCAUGAAGGCGCAUUCAGAGUGCUCCAGGGUGGUGUGCGUGGUCAAGAUGGAGUUAUAUGGUUCCACCACUGCAGUGGACACCUGAGGUGCAGGGUAAACUGCAAACUCCAGCUUGGACUUUUUCCCGUAUUCGACAGAGAGACGCUCCAUCAGUAAAGAGGUGAAACCAGAGCCAGUUCCUCCUCCGAAGGAGUGUAAUAUAAGGAAACCUUGAAGUCCUUUGCACUGGUCAGCCUGAAAUGUUGAUGUAACAAUGAGCAAGAAUAUUUUGAGCAACUAAAACAGUGCUGUCUUCACUCACCAGCCUUCGGGUCCUGUCGAGAACGAGAUCAAUGACUUCUUUGCCAAUGGUGUAGUGACCUCGAGCAUAGUUGUUUGAGGCGUCCUCCUUCCCAGUGAUCAUUUGCUCCGGAUGGAAUAGCUGGCGGUAUGUUCCGGUACGAACUUCAUCUGUGCACCAAGAAACUUAUAAGGUCACGCAAGGUUGAUUGCAACAUGAGAAAUAAUAAACCAACCUAUGACUGUAGGCUCCAAGUCAAAAAAGAUGGCUCUGGGAACAUGUUUACCAGCUCCAGUCUCACUAAAGAACGUGUUGAAGGAGUCGUCUCCCCCUGCUGUUGUUUUGUCGCUUGGCAUCAAACCAUCUGGUUGGAUACCAUGUUCAAGGCAGAAGAGUUCCCAGCAUGCAUUGCCAAUCUGGGUUCCAGCUUGACCGAUAUGAAUGCUGAUACACUCACGCUGUUUAAAGAGAAAUAAUACUUUCAUCAUUAUUUUCAGAGGAUUGUGUUAUUGCCAAUGAUAUAGAAUAUUCCCCCCAUCUGGCAGGAACCAUCUACAGAUUGGCAGGCUACAUGACUGCCAGAUGGUUUUGUUGUACUGUAACCACACAGCUUUUCUCACAAUCCUCUUUCCCACGCACUGCAGCUUUUAAUGGCAUCUGUCUAAAUUGUAUAUGAAUAAUAUUAAAAAAACAUACCAUUUUGAAAGAUGUCCUGUCACCGCUGAAUUAUAGGACCCUGUGAUGCCUUUGCUUCCAACUAUUCUUGUUCCUCCUUCUCCGUUUUUGUUUUUUUAGUGAGUAUUUCCUAAAACAUUCCUGUUUCAGUUAUUGACCCCAGAUCAUAGGCUGACAGACCCAAAGUUUGCAUGCAGUUCUUUUUUAAGGUUGACAAAAUGCAAUUCCGAAUAAAGUCAACUACACAGCACAUAAAGACAAUACAAAGUAAAACAAAGACGGAGGAUUGAGGACUCACAUGUACGAUGUAACAAAGACAGGGCAGCACGUCAAAAUAGUGAAUACAUUGUUUGGAAAAGGUUGGUCUUGCUACAGCAAAUUCUUUUUUCAGCCAAACGUUGCAUUAUAUUGUUGCAUUUUUUUGGAAAGAGUGGUGGCAUAGGGCAGGUGCUAUAACUACAUGAAUGAGGCCAAUAUUUCAAAAGUCAGGUGAUAUUUGGGUUAGAAGAGUUGUCCUUAAAAUAAGCAGAGAGACUUUCUGGGUGACUUUUGUCACAGCUUCUCCUCUCCAAUGCAUUAAUACGUUCCUGUUUGUUUGAAUUAGAAAGCCAAGAGUAACGCCGCCUGUUUGAUGCGAACUUUCAGGCCAAAAGUUUCCAACACAGCAGUGAAUUGAUCUCUGCAGAGUGGCAACAAGGGGAGGAGCCUUAUAUGCUCAGCGGCACGAUUAGAACGUCCGGCCACCACAGAGUUCACCAUGUCUUCUCUGAUCCUGAAGCUUGUUUACCUGCACCUAAAGUAGUCCUCAAAUAGUGGGGAGGGGUCUAAGUUUAUAGACAAAUUAUAGUACUAACAGGCAGCAGAGAGCUGGGGGAGUGCAAAAACUCAUGAAUCAACACAAUGACUUGGUCUGUGUUGCGUUUUGACAGCUCUAGUUUAGAACUUCUUUUUUCCAUUGUUUCUUUACGACAAAUUGCAUUUUAUAAUUGAGAAUCUUUUCAUCAUUCGGAAUUGAUACAUGUUGAGAAGUAAAUUAUUUUGCGGGGAAAUUCAUUUUAGUAUUUGAAAUACAUAUUUUUGAAAGUCAAUAAUUCGGCAAGUCCCUGAAAUGACUAAAUCCUUCCAACAUUGUGUCGUUAUACUAUUAACCCUUGGAGAAGUCACAGACUGCAGAUAUCGUCUCUGGCAACACCGGGUCUGCUGUAAUGCUUGUGGAACAGGGUGUCUUGGUGCCAUGUGUGCUGGUGGAAGCCUUUAUUCUCAAACAUGACAUCACUUCCUGUGAGAAGCACAGAAUUGACAAAACAAACAAAAAUCACACCUUUCCCAUUGUCAUGUCCACAGAGUGUUCACGCCCCUGGCGGAACAAUGGUGAAACAAGGCGAACAAAUGACUCCAAAAAGGCGAGUGAUCUAAUAAGUGCCUCACCGUGGCUAGUGUUCUGUGUCCGGAACACCUAACCCAAUAAUGGUCUGGACAGAGACCAAACGCAGCCAGAGACAGGACUGGAACCAAGACAAAACACACGCACGCAUGCACACAAAAAAAGCUUCAAUCCCCAACUAGGAGACUCAUACAGGAGAAGCAGGUAUGCUGCAAUCUUUCAUCAAAGCAUUUUUGGUGAAUGUAGUGUGCCAGACUGAUGUUGCAGGUUGGAUGAGCUGUUUCACUGCUGGCUUGAGGAGGGGUGCGAUGUGCCACGAAGGGGCUUGAAUAAAUUUCCGUCAAGAUACCAAAAUACAUUUGUGGAAUUGAGGAUGGAUUGAUAGAAAUCUUUUUAUUUUUGACAAUAAUUUAAGAAGCAGGAAAAUAUUAGGUGCCAGACCUCCCUUCCAUCUUCAUUCAAAGCAAGAUGCUGUACAUUUGUCAUUGUGGCACAGAUUGAUGUGUGUUAAGUUUCCUUAUGUUUCUGAAGUUAACAGUUCAUCACAAGAAAAGUCAAAACCAUUCUCAGAAAGUCAGUGUACUGGUCCAAUUCAAGUGUUUUUGAUGGGGCUCAUGCAUAUUUUCUUAUGUAAAUCUUUAAUAUCAUAUUACAAUAGGGAUCCACUACCAUUUUAAAAGACACUCCAAUCAGUAAAUAGUUGCUCUUUGACAAUAAGGCGCAGCAGGAAACCCUGUCGACAAUCCAGUUUGCCUGCCAGUCUGUGCAAUGGUAUUUUGGUAUUUUCAGUGUAACCAAGCAUCAGGCUUGGUCGCAGACUACAAAAGGUUCAGAUGAGACACUUCUGUUCCCUAGCAUGGUUCCAACUCCAGGGCUUGUGAGCAUCCUUUCAGCAUUUGUGUUGGUUUGCGGAGGACUUCCAGAUGUUGGGGGAACUCUUUGAGAACAUGUGUUAACAGGAGACUUGUGGAACCCACUUUCCCAUUCUGGCUCUGCAGAGCUUGGUCCACUGCAUCACGAGCCGAUGAUGCUUUGUACUUGCCAGCAGACACACUCUGCAGCCUCUUAUUCCAGCCCUGCAGCGUCACCAGCUGGGCGAGAUUCUAGAAGUAAACAAUAAGGAAUCAGCGAUCGUUUUCGUCACAUUCUCUUCAGCACACGCCUUACUCUGUCCUUGGUGUCCUGCAGAUCUGAGAAGGAUUGCUGAAGGGCAUCACAGGCAGCCUGCAGCUCCUUCAGUUGUUGUCUCCGCAGAUCAAGCCUGUUAUUCAUACUUACAUGGCUCUUCUGCAGUUCGCUAACGGCAGUCCCAAAAUUGUCAAUAUCCUGCAGAGAAAUGUACGUGAGGAAAGUUUGACAUUGCUGGUAAUAAGUCUUAACUGAGAAUGUAGUCUGCUAGUUCAACCUUGUGAGUUUCCUGGAGCUUGCGCUUCAUGCUGCUGAGGACGAGGGUUUGCCGAGCACUGGUCAUCUGCUUCUGAGAGAUUCGCAUCAUUGAGACAUUACGCUCGAUGAGGGAGCCCCACUUUGAUGCUGUUUCCUCGCUUUUGCUGAGCAGGUAUUCCUGGUGCUUUGUCAGCUGGCUCAGAUGCACCUUCAUCAACGACCAUCAAAACACCGUUUAUUUUUCCAAUAAAGGAGUCAUUAUUAGUGCUUGGUUGGAGUGAAGUUCGGGAUCAGCCUUUAAAGUACAGGAGCUACGGUGACGUCUAAGGUUACUAAGCUUUGUAAGAGAUCAUUCCAAUUGUGCCAAAAGAGACAGUUAGUGGUGAUGAAUACCAUUUCCAUAAAAUCUCACUGAGCUGGAAUAUUAAACACACAGCGGAAAUAGCAUUUCAAAAACGACUAUAAGCUACUGCGGUGUUGUUCUAUAUAAUAGCCUAUUUGUAUAUUUGGUGCGGCAUUGACCUCCAUGCGGUGGAUCUCAGUUUUCAUCAUCUGAAUUUCAGUCUGUACUUCGGACCCAACAUUCAAAGUUUCUUUAACCAGUUCCGUCUUCUUCUCCCACAGCACAACCUGUGGUCUGAGGGAAAACAUUAAUAACUUGGGUAGAUGAGGUUUCAUGAAACAGAGGCUUGAUUUUCAGAGGCCAGUCUGUUGUGAGAUGAUUGGACUUGGAGCAACUCAUUCAAUGAAACCUCACAUUAUUUCUAAACCAAGAGUGGCAUCUAAAAAUUGGUAUCAUCAGCCCUGCCAUACUGUUUCAUGAUACCUCAUCCACCCAUCACUCGCGUAUGGUGUAUUGCAAAGGAAAAUGAAAUGCACGAUUGCAGACAUCACAUACAGUAACAUCAAUGUCAGUAGGGCAUUUCCGGCAUGAAAUGGAACAUAUUCUGAUUAUUCAUUGCUUAUGCGACAAUACAGUCAAGCUUUUUUAUGUUGUAGCAAUGCUUCUGUGCUAGUUCUAAAUGUCUACACUACUAGACAAAGUCAGGUCAAGAGGAUCACUGUUCAAGGCCACUGGGACAGCGACGGUCUCUUGGUGUGUGUGUGUGCGUGGGCAUUGACUCAAACUUACUCAGCCUCCAGCAAACUUCCAAGUAAUGAUUCCUUUUCCUCCUGGGUUCGCUCCUUUCUCAUCUGGAUUUCUAUGGUCUCCCGUUCUUCUACCUAAAAUUACAAAGUAUAUUCACUGCUGACAACAAAGGUUAAGUCAUGACUGGUAUUCAGCGGUGAGACCAUGAAUCCCGACAACAGUGAUGAUGGCUAGUUUCCACUGAACACUAUGGUGGAGUGGUGUGGCACUGAGGUGAACUGUUCAAUGGAAACAGAAGAAUCUUGACUUACUGCAGAAGAUAUAGUGUCACAGUCAUUCAAAAGCAUACUCAAUCACUGAUCUGUGUUGAGGAAAUAAAACUUUGGGCAGAAGUUCAAGGCUCACGACGGCAGGCAUGGCUGAUCACUCUUGCUGUCUGGUUGACACGUGUGUACUGCACCCGCCGUGACAACAUGUCAGAAUGUGUGGAGAUGUGUUGUGGCGACUCUUUAAAUAACAGUAGUUUACAUCAAAGUAUGUUUCAUACAGAUCCACUGACCUGCAACAUGGAAAACAACAUUCUUCACCUUCAGUUUGUGAACUAUGUCCGACUCCAUGAGUGCGUUCCCCUGCUCCAGGGCCAUGCUGCGCUCUCCAUUCUUGUUCAGUAGGCAGUUGAGCUUCAGCAAGUCUCCCUGCAGCAUUUUGGUGGAACUGGACAACUCUUGGUCUUCCACCUGCUCCAUCUUGACUUGAUCUGUAGAGAAUUGCAUUCUUUCAUCACAUCUGCCAGAAAGAUAUUUGCAGCUUCGUAAGUCUACCAAAAGUACAAAGACAAUAUCAGAACUGUAUACAAUGUUGAGGCGGUUUAACAAAAGAGCUGGAUAUAACUAUAUUUUUCUAAAAAAAAAAAAAGGGGUCAGUGUUUUCCUAAAGGCUGCUGAGCAACGUCAGUUGAUCCUUUUGAAUUGUCUCUGCCUCUCCUGGCCCAUCCCCACCAGUACAUGCUGUAGCUAUAAGGUAUUACAUACACACACACAGUGCAGUAUUCAGAGAGUAAUACAUUGUUUAAUUCUGAAUUAAAAAUAGCUCCUCUGUGUCCAGGUGAAAUGGUAUGCAGUGUUUGGAGGGUCCCCGCAGCCAUAUCUUAAUAGAUGGGCUUGAAAAGAAAGUGGGCGUUUCUGCAGGUGUUGGUUCCCAUCUUUCUUGGUGUGUUGCCACAUUAUUUUCGAGAAUUUAACCAAGAACUAUGUCGUCACCAAAAUCUGAGUUUUAGAUUUUCACCUAAAUGUCUCUCUGUUCUCUAGUUUCAUCAACCACUAACUCAGCGCUCUUCCCCCAACGUUGGUGGAUUCUCCAUCGAUUGAGGCUUCAUGAAACAGCCACCAGAUGGCGCUCUCUGCUCUGAAAUCUUUGGAUUCAAACAACCAUUCCAAUGAAACCUUGGAUCAUUUUUAAACCAACAGCACCAUCUGGUGGGCUCUGAACAUUAGGACACUGUUUCAUGAAGCCUCAUCAGCUCCUCACUACUGCAAACCAUCAGGUGUUUGAAAAUCUGUGUUUCCACCUGUGCUUUGUUUGUCUCAGCAAAUUUACAGACAGGACACCAGAGGGCACCAGAGAAAUAAACUUGCAUUCAGUAGCUGACCCUAAUCCGAAACCUAGUCAGAUGAAUAAUCCCCAGACCACUGACUUACUCUCGAGAGAAAAGAUCUUCUGGUUCCUAACACUGUACUGCGUCUGCCUCGUGUGCAUCUCUUUGCUGUUCAUCUGCAGCUCCCUCAUCAGAGCGACGAGCGUUUCCUGCCUUUUCGUCCAGACCAGGUUGUCAUUCUCAAUAACAUCUGUGACCUCCUUUAUCUGCGCCAAUAUGGCUUCCACCUUGAUUUGGAGAGGACUGAGGUCUUCCACCUGAGUGAGUGUUUCAGUGACGGCGUUAAAUCAGAGUUCAUCUGAACCAUAACUACCCGGUGACAAUGCUCACCCCAGUCCUGGCAACUAUCUCUCCAAUUUUCCUGUUGAGAUUGGUGAUGGUGGUCUGCUUCUGCUCGAUGAGGGUCAUGCAGGAAAACAUCUUGGAAUCGUUUGCAGACACUGUAUUGAGGCACCUGGAAACCUCAUCAUCCAGAGUCUUGAGUGUCAUUGUGAGGCUUUGAAGCGUUUGGCUGAGCUCUGCUGCGUCCAUGCCGACGGCUUCAAUGUCUUUCUCCAGCUGCUUCAGUUGGAAGUUCUAAUAGGAAGACGCACAUUACAUAAGAAGGUAAUGGGCAACGUUCAAAUCUGGGAGAGGAUGAAUUCUAUGUGGGCUGGUACACUGUGGUGCAUUUUUUUCAUGCUGAUAUCCAAGUGGGAAUAGCAAAAGUAAUAAAAUCCCUAUUAAUGAUGGUUCUCAAUAAGCACCUUGACUGUUUUGCUAACUGUUUUGGUGAAUUAUAGUAAAUUUCAUGGUCAAAUUUUGGUGGUGCAGAAUUUGUUUUGGUUUGUUUCUAUGGUAGUUGCAAUCCUGUGCCAGAAGUUUUCAUUUGGAAUAUUGGAGUUGUCAACUACACUAACACGAACACUAACUAAAAGAAAACUAAGUCCAUGGGUUGGAGCUGAGCUCUCAAACUGCAUUAUCAGACGUACACUUCAUGUAAAAGCUCUUAACUAAACUCGAUCCAGUAAUUUUGUUAUGAGUUUUCAUUCAGGAUUCUUAGAGUGAGAAAAAAAGUGUUUAAAACCUCCAGCACCUGAUGUGCUCUCCUGUUGUGAGUUGUGUCUUAGCUUGUUGUGAUGUUCCCUUCGUUUUAGCACGUGCGAUCUCGCAAGAUUUCUGGCUAUGAGGACAUGAUUCACCAUCGCUGGUGAGGCAGAAGCGUUUGGGCCAUCAGUGAUAUCGCACACAUAUGGGUCAACAGCAGACCUUUCUCUGACAGAUAAGAACGAGUAUGAAAAUCCCAGUGUGUGGCCCUCUUUAGGUGUUUUACCGUGUCCUCCUUCAUGGAGACAAUCUUGUCGAUGAGAAGUUUGGAGUACUUGGCCGCCAUGGAAUGAGUCAGAUUUUGCUGCAUGUGGUUCAUGAUCUUGUUCUCCAACUCCAGGCGUUUGGCGUUGGCCCUCUCCAGCUGCUUUCUCUGGUCAACCAGCUCAGACUGGUACAUGCUACCCUCCUGAUGUGAGGUACCCAAAACAAACGGUUAAAAAAACAACACGAGGACACAAGCAGCCUAACAAUGUAGUUAUUUAUAUGUAGUUAUUUAUAUUAUUUUAUUAUCAUCCCUUUCUUGCAUACUUUAACAGUUGAUUCAACAUUGCCAUUCAUCUUUUUGUAUUCACGCCACUUUUCCUCCAGUAAAAAAGUGAAAGCGUAAUAAAUGGGGGCUGCCACAUGUUUUCCCUGUGAAGCAUGAUUUCUCAUUCACGCUGAGGCUUACCUUGUUAAGUCGCUUCAGGGUCUUCUCCGUCUCCCGUGUGCUGCGGACAUACGUGCUGAACGUCGUCUGCAGAGCUCUCAGCUCCAUCUGCUUCUGCAUGAUGGCUCGACUGGCAGUGGCGCAGUGCAGCUGGGACAGUUUCAGUUGCAAGGUCUGGGAUUCGUUCAGCUCCUGCUCCUGGGUGAUGAGCUUCCUCAAGCCUUCCUGUUCCCUGUCCUGCAGGCUCAGCUGCUGCUCCACCAUACUGGAGGUGGGAAAGAGACACUAAUAUAUCCACGCUGACGGUGCUCCUUCUUUACACCAAUGCAGUCUGUUGCACCUGAGCGUCUCCAACAGCGCGCUGAAGGACUCGUCUUGUUUUCUCAUGUGAACCAGCGUGUUGUUCCACUGCUGCAUCAGCUGUUUGCGUUCCAUCGCCAGGGACUCCAAAUCUAUCUUUGUCUGCACAGACCCGAAACCACGCAAGAUUUGAUCUACACUCUCAGUUGGUCAAAUGGUACUUGGAGGCUUGAACAAGGCAUGUUGCCUUAUGUUUAGACGUAGCCAGCCAUUUUUAGAAACAACACUCAUCAUAAACUGGUUUCCUUCAGAGCAGCAGCAGAAAUGAUGCUCUGAAUGUUUGAAUUUGCAAAUACAGUGGUACCUCGGUUUGGGAACGUCCCGGACUUCGAACAAAUCGGAGUUCAAACAAAAAUUUCGAGAUUUUUUUGCUUCGGAUUUUAAAUGAAAAUCCAGAACUCAAACACCCCCGAAAAAAGCUGGAAAAAACAUAACGUGCGCGGACCGAUCAGCUGACCCGCGACGCGCUUUGUUAUUGUGUAUAACGCAGCCUCUGUAUGCAGACGUGUCCCGUUAGCUACAUUUACUGACUGUUUUUUCUUCAUAUUGAGGUGUAAAACCUUUGCUGUCUCCACACUGGACCGUGGUAGAGUGUCACAGGGGAGGUGCUCGCUCUCCACACCUCGGAGGCUGGAGCGCUCACUCCAGGGUUUGAUGUCCUGUAGUCGGCUGGAGCUGGGACAGGGAUGGGGCGAGUCUCUUGGUUUAUGACUUUGUCACAGCCAAACUGCACAGAAGCGCACAUUCAGAGCUGGACACGCACCGGGCACCUCUUCACUUCUGGAGAGGCGUCACUCACUUGGCAACCCCUCCCACAUCGAACGGCUGUCUGGAACGGAUUGUGGUCGAGAACCGAGGUACCACUGUACAGGUGGUUUCUGAUUUGCGAGCGUGCCGUCAGCUUCUGGUGACACUGCCACCUACAGUUUUGGAAUGUCCUGGUGGCAGGCAUUAGAUUAGAUUAGAUGUAGAUUAGAUGGCCUUUGUUAGUCCCACAGUGGGGAAAUGCAACAUGGGUUGGUGUGAACCCAGUGUUUUCUGUAAAACAGCAGAUGUGUGCUGAAUUAGUUGGACGGGGUGAAAUGUCCAUCAUUGUCUAAACCUAUUGGGGGUGCAACAAGAAUUUUCUAAAUCUACUGCGAUUUUUUUUUUUUUUUUUUUUUUUCUUUUUAAAUCUGUCAGACACCCCAUACAGAAGAUUAGUUAGUCCGUUUUCUGCACACCAAACACAUUAAGAUUGAAUAUCUGUCAGGCUGUCGUGGUGGCGCUGCGCCUCAUGUAUGUACAUACAUGUGGGGAAACCCUGGUGUUUGGUCUGACCACUCUCCAGCAACAGCUAAAUCGCACAUUCCCUCCGUAUCUACCUAUGUUUGCAUGUGUAGUGUGGCAGGUUGUGACUUAGCCUCACGAGGGGCGACCAGGAUUUCAAACACAAUGUCCAAAAUAGUAGCUCGAGGGAAAAAUGGUGGCCCGAAAUGGCCCAGAAAUUGCUGUGUGUCAGCACAGCUUGGAAGCAAAAACAAAAUUAAUGUUUUUUGAGUUGAGUGUAGUUGACCUUUCUCUCAUUAUCCCACUAUGAAUCGGGAAGUAAAUAACUUGCUUGUGAGGACAUCACAAAUUGCACUUAAUCAUCCCAUAACUCCUGACGGUUACCUCCAGAAGAGCCUCUUUCGCAGACCGAGUCUCCCUGUUUUUGUCAAUGGUCAAGGCCUCGUACAGGGCGAUCUGCUCGUUCAGUCUCUCCAUCUCCUUUAUCAGACCGUUCACGUAGCGAUCCUGUCAGCAGAGACCUUUGGUCAGAGAACACAGACCCUGACAUGGACCGGCCACACGCGACGUCUCGCUGGCCACCUGCUUCUGCUUCUGGUCUUCAGCCUGAGCCUUCUCCACAUUCUCUUUGUUGUUCUUGUUCUUCAAGACCUUGACGUUGGAUUGGAGCUCGUCACUGGUUUGUUGUGUGGACAUGAGCUGCAGCGUCAGGUUUUCCAUCUCUUUGCGUAGUUUGGACUCUAGAGAAGAUCCACAUUAGAAAAAAAUCAGAUGAGAAAAUUAUGUGAUUUAUAAAACUCAUCAUCACAGGCGUAAAGUGUAGAACGAUGUCAGAAACCGAACUAAACUGAUGUUGGCUUCCCUGCCAUGUGAGGCACCACAUGACAUUGACAGAGGCACCAGGUUGUGGUCGCCAGCCAUAGAGGAGAUGUCUGUUCUUCCUCUAGUCUCCCAGGUGACAUCCUGAAGAUGUGUGCGUGAAGAAGAAAUGUAGUUACUCUGACAGUGAAACAGUACCGUUUUCUCUCGCACUCAUGACUUGGCCAGUGAGAACUGAAUCCUUCAUGGUCUCCAGUGCUUCUUGAACUUCCCGACGAUUUAAUUCAGCUUGGACUUUGCUCUGAUGGUAAUGCACAAGCCGAUUUUUCGAUCUGUCCAACAGCUUCUGAAUCCUGAACUUCUCUGCGCCCAUCUCCUCGUCGUUGAUGGUGUCCACCUUCUCCAGGGCCAGCUGGAACCAUGCAAGAGAGUUAGUCACUGCCUAAACCAGUGAUUCUUAACCAUGAGCUUGGUCUCGUUUGAAACAUGAUAUUGAGGAUAGAGGAUCAGGCUCAUCGUCCUCAUUCAUAUCCGGACCGUCCACAGGAUCAUCGCGCUCCGGACCUGCGUCGCUCUGGAAAGGGAAAGAUGGAAGGGGAACCUUAUGGAUCUGACUCUGCUGAUAUUUGAUAGUAUGCUAUCAAUGCGUUAGAUAUUAUUGCACUUCAUCCCAAAGUAUUCCAAACCUAGUGUAACAUUUGGAUAUUUCAGAGGUUAUAUCUCACCAUUCUCAAAAAAACAUCUAAUGAAAUUGUAUUAUGACACUUCUGAAUAUCACACUGCCACAGAGAAAUGAAAAUAAAUUGUAUAAAUAACAGAAACUCAAAAGGCAGCAGGAUUGAAUUGAAACAUAAACGCCAGUUAUGAUUAAAGAAGGGCAAACAGGAGCGCAAAGUGAUGAAAGUCGAUAGUGCCUUUGAUCUUAUGAUGCACCAAUUGAGACUGUAGGUGGAGCAGGCUGACUUGGGAAAGGCAACCUGCGUGCAGGAAGAGGUAGAUGCAUUUGAAAUGAAAAAUGCAAAUAGUCAAACCAGAUUAGUGUGGAAUGGCUUGGUAUGAAGUGUGUUCCAUUCUGUUAUUGUACUUCUUUUGUUUCUUUCAUCAAGCUCGUGGUUUACGAUGAUUUUAUAUGGUGUCACGUCACAAGGUUGCUGUUCCAGUCCCAUGUCAAGGUGUCCCACACUAUGCAACAUCCUAUCACUGUGCUUCAUGUAUAUGCUGACGACAACACUUUUUAAAAUGUGUCGCUGUCAGGAGCACAGGAAAUAAUAAUAAAAAAGAAUAUGCUGGAUCCAGAUCUGGAUCACUCUCAACGUUGAAUCAUUGCUUCCUAGUCCCAUUUAAUAAAUGGUCUGAAAACGUCAUCAAAAUCCUUCCACAACUUUUCAUUUUUUAACACGAGGCCAUGGCGUCAAAAACAUACGUGGUAAUAACAGAAGCAUCACCACAUAAGGCCGGUUGACAGACUCUCCAUUUGCACCUUAAUAAUGGUGAUGGAACUGAAUCGACUUCUAUUUUUGGCAGAAUGGUGAGCGAUGAAGUGCAUUUUGACCCAGCAGAACACGGCACAGUCGGGAGACUUCAGUGCUUCACUUGGCCGACUCUUCUAAUGUUGGCCUGUAGACUAAACACCACUGUAAGAUCUGGGCUCAUACCAGUUGGUAAAGGACUGUAGAGGCUGAACUCCAGGCUGGAGAGGAGCCAACGCUCAUGGACUACAAAUAGAAUGGCCAACCGUGUUCAGAAACGGAUGCUUGAAUUGCAUGUGUAAUACGUGGAGUAUGCCGUUGUUUAUCUGGUAUACGCGGUUUAAGAGCCCAAGUCGAAGCGUUUCCCAUCCGACAAAAGCUCCUUCCAAAGCCUCCUCUUUGUGUCAUCCUCCCUGCGCUGCGUCUCCUUUAGGCCCUGGAAUGCUCUGUUUAAACGCUUUAUCUGACUGGAGCUCGUCCAUCUCCGUAACAGCAGCUCUGCUCCAGUCUAUCUGGCGAACAGCGUGGUACCUCCAGGACUGUGUUUAGAUCUGAGACGUGUAUGGCGUCAGUUGUGAGUUAAAACACGCCAACGUUUUGGAUGUAUAUGUUCCUGUUGGUUGAUGCCUGAUCUGUGGGGAAUUCAUCUUCUGAAGUGUUGUUGAGUGGCCGUAAGCUCUCAUUGGCAGAAGCGCCUGACUCAAGAAUGAUCAGUGAUCAGUGAUGUUCCUGACCAUAACAGAGGCUUGUGCUUUGGCUCCCUGGUGCUCUCUGCUUCCCUGUGCUUCAAAAAAUUGUCUGUUAGAGUUGUGAUCUAUUUGCCCUGGAACCAAUGUUCCCUCUCAUGUGUCUGAGUAAACACACAAACUCUCUGAGCGGUGACUUGGACCACUGUGAGUGAGCGGUCAGUGUCCGCUGUGGUGACUGCUGUCGUAGUAAGGAAUGGAGCAUGUGUGAAAUUUAGAAAUAAAAAAAUGUAGAAAUAAAAGCCAAAUAUCUUUGCAUUGUAUAGAUUCUUUACAUAAUUGUUCAACUGAAUCAUAAUGUAACAUACAUAUGAACAAUCUUCCAAUACAAUAAGUAAACUAACUCUAGUCAUUGAAGUCACAUGACACCAAUGAGGGCGCUGAACAUUAAAGAACUUCACACAACUUUUACAAAUCCUUUCUCAAACUGAUGGAUGCAGCACAGGAAUCUGUCUGUUGUGAGGUCUGUUUUUGUCCACUUGAGGCUGCCGUAUUCUGUGAGCGCUCGUCGUGGAUCCAGCUAAAAUGAACAAGACACAGGUUUCUUUCUCUGACUACACUGUUAAUGUCCUCACCUGACUAGAGAGUAAUCUCUGGAACCUUGCUGUAGCUGUAGGGUCCAUAAUGUAUGUAGCGGACGGUGGUCUGAAGCACCAUAGUCCGGAAAUUGCGGUGAUUCAUAUUCAAUUCAGGAUUAAUUUUGGUGGCGCAGCCAAGAUAUUCUUGUGCUGAGAUGCACCUAUGUUCAACGACACCAAGAAGGUCAAAGCAGCCCCGGCUCUGAACUGGAAAGGGAUGUGAUGGACAGGAUGUAGGGCUUUGCCUCAAGUGGAGCAGCGUCUGUUUUUUUGCGUUUUGCUGAUGAAUUAGAGGCCGAUAGGGAAGAAGCGCUAAUGUUCCAUUAGGCUAAGGUCCAUUCCCUAAAGUGCUUCUGUUCUAAACAAUGAAGUCAUGCCUGAUGAAAUAAGGUCGCUGAUUUUACGUGGGUGAUAGAAAUCCCAUCCAAACAUCAAAAAAUAUUCAAAUAAAUCAAUCUCAAAUAUUUAUAAAAUAGUUCGCCCCCCAGAUGGAGAAGUGAGGGCCGACUUCCUGGAACACUGGGAGAGUCAUGCAGCCCUGGCUGUGGUGGGAAAAAUCAUGUUGUAAACAAAAGGGACUCACUUGAUCCAAAGAGAUUUCCAAGUUCUAUGCCAUAGUCUUCGGACUAGGACUGAGCAGAUCAUGUCUGUUGCACCAACCUCACCCUGGCUCCACAGUGAGGCCAGUAGUGUGGCAAAACCACGAUGUAACCGUGGGAACCUCAAACAGGGCAGCCUGUCUGACACAUUUAAUAGUUGAUGUAAGUGGAAUUACGCCGCCCGAACCAACCAACCUUGCUCACCUUGUUUCUCAUUUCUGUACCGACACUAUACACACCAUAGUUGAAUGCACUGCGCUAAAGUCUGUUCCAGUUCAGACACUCGUCCAGGCCAGUUUUUAAUGCUUGAACAGUUUGAGAACUCAUCGAAAUAAACCGUACUCCAGUCAAUUCAAUGCUUUUUCAGGUCACUUUGGAAUGAUCUUCAAUGUUCAAAUGGAAUGUGUCUAAAUUACUUUAGUGUACUCAUGCAUUGCCAUGUGUUCCGUGUGUGGUCAUGUUAGUACACUGGGUACUGUAUAAAUUGAAGACGCGUGUGAGUCAUGUGUUGUUACUUGUUUUGGGCAGGACUCUCAAACCAGUAGGGCAGCAGUGGGUGCAGGUUUUUGUUCCAGCCAAUCACUUUAUCACCAGUCAGGAGUCUGAAGGCUGGCAUCAGUUGACUGGUUAAACUGUGCGUGUUUGAUGGGUUAGAACAAGAACCUGCACCCACUGCAGUCCGUUUGUGGAUGACUUCGACACCCCUGUUAUCGGGGCUCACAGCUGGGAUACUGACAAAUAGCAUGUUGAUAACUGGUUGGUCUGAAGUCUGGAUUGGCCCAAGUCACCGUGAGCGGAGCCGUGGACUCCACCCCAUGCCCUCGGGUAGUGAUGGGCUUCAUGAAACAGUGUCAUUAUUUUCAGAGGCCACCAGAUGGCGCGCUUUGCUCUAAAAUCUUUGGAUUUAAGCAACUGUUUCAAUGAAACCUUUUCAUUUUUAAACCAAAGCACCAUCUGGUGGGCUCUGAAUAUUAGGACGCUGUUUCAUGAAGCCUCAUCAUCCCCUCACUAGGAAGAGGAAAUAGAAUGCUGUCCUGUCAUUCAGCUCAACGGUCCAUUGCACAUGCGUCAGAUGGAAUAUGAAAUGUGGAUCUUUAUGUUAUAUGUUGAUGUGUUGAUGCGUUCUCACUAAGCCUAGUCAAGUUAAAGCUCACAUGAGCAACUACUAAUGGAUGAUCUGACUGGCGGGAGAAGUCAAGGGCGAUGAUCACUGCGUUUAUUUUUAUCUUUUAUCUAUUCAGUCACUUCCUCAUUUCAGAUACAUCCUGGUUGUCGCGUGAUAUCAACUUGUUUUUCUCAAUCGACUCCGUUCACUCAGACCUGUGUUUGAAAUGUUCUCCAUUUAUACUGUGGCUCAGCCUCCAAGCCAGGCUAAUACACAUUGACUUUUUUGCAGCUCGAGUCAAGCGUUUACAGGAAUGGUGGAGUGACAUCCAUAAACAGCUGGGACUUGAUGAUAAUAUUGAUCAUAUUUUUAUUCAUGAUUAUGUUGUAUUUCAUCAGCCUUGAACAGAUUAUCAGAAGUUCUCAAUUUUAGUGUCGUCCAAGUGACAUCCAUCUGAUAACCUGGCUGGAUGGAGAUGAAAAUAGAUGCUAAUGGCGUUCAGUCAUAUUUGUUUUCAUCUUCUUUUUUAAUAGUUAAUUGAUAUAUGAUUUAACAGAUCACAGAAACGCUUGUUUGCUGUUGUUGCAGUGCCUUCGACAGAGUCCCAAAACAGAGUCAUUACAAUAGAUACUACUUGUGUCUGUUGUCCUGAAUCAGACAACACUGAAUGUAUUUUACUUUUCCGUAAAAAUAAACAAGGUGGAUACAGGACAGGUUCUUCAGUCUAGUGUUCACAAUAGUUGACCAGCUCCCCCUGUGUUUACGUCCAUCCUAAACACAUCCCAAACAUCUAGAUGAAUUUGUAUCUGCUGGGCUCUUAUCGUGCGCUUCCAUUCAAGGAGGUGGGCUGUUGGGGGGUGAAGAGUGAGCACACUCUGCUGCCUCUUCAUCAGCACAAGCAGCCACUGCCCUCACUUGCUUCCUGCAGCUGCUUCACUGAACGUUCUUCGACGAGAAAACAUCGACUGAUCUGUGGUCACCGAGAAACCGACGAGAGACCUGGUUGUGGACAUGAAGGUUCCCAGUGGGGUCCAUGUGCACAGCUCUGACCUGAGCUUCGAGAGGAUCUGAUCCGUUCCACAAUAUCAGCGAUGGACUGCGGCAGCUCCUCCCCUCUACUCACAGAGGAGCAGCUCAUCUACGCCAUCACAGUCCCGCUGUCGACGUCCAUCAUCUUGGCAAACCUCGCCAUCAUCCUUGGCAUCACAUGGAACCGGCAGCUUCACAACACACCCAACUACUUCUUCCUCAGCCUCCUGGUGGCGGACAUGUGCACCGGGGUGGCGCUGCCUUUCAUCCCUCUGAUGGGCCUGGAUCGAGAGAUGAGUUUCAGCUCUUGUCUUGUGGCUCACGUUUUCCCCAAUUUCCUCUUUUUGGCGUUUCUGCUGAACCUGGUGAUGGUCCACUAUGAGCGCUACGUUUGCAUUGUCAAGCCGCUGCAUUACAGUAACCUGUGGAUGCAUCGCAGUUUUCCGUUGGCCUUGCUGGUGGUGUGGGCUCCACCACUACUCUACGCAUCUCUACCUGCUUUUGGAUGGAAUAACUGGGCCGGGCCGGACUGGGACCGCUGCUGCCAGGGCGGCUCCAUGCUAAUGCCGCUCCCCAACUGCUCCACCAAUGGAACAGCGUGCUGCUCCUACAGGAGGGUGUUUCCAAACGCCUUCAUUUUCCUGGAGGUGUAUGGGCUGGUCCUGCCUGCUAUUCUCACCAUAGCUGGAAUGACCGGGCGGGUCCUGUGGAUCACCCGCGGCCAGCUGCAGGAUAUCUGCCGCCUGCAUCGCUCCGUGGAGCGAGGCCAGAGCUCGGACUGCGAACAGCGGCUGAACCUGCGCUACACUCGCUGCGUGGUCGCCGUGUCGCUGACCUUUCUGGCCUGCUGGGUCCCCUACCUGAUCUACAUGCACGUCUGCAUCGCUUUCCUCAUCAGCGACACCAGAUGGAGCUCCACCACUCACAUUGUUCUGUCCUGUGCUGGGAUUGGCAGCAUGGCUGUGGUGCCACUGGUGCUGGGUCUGGCCAACAAGCAGUACACAGAACCCGCGUGCCAGCUGCUGCUGAAGAUGAGAGACAGGUGGAGGCGACAGGAGCCCAAAUCAAAUGAGGUCCCCUCCUGAGGAGCAAGGAUUCGUCUUCAGACUGUGGGAUCCUGAACCUGUGAGAGGGAUGUGACCGAUAAAAGGGUCUCUGUUGUUGUUGUUUUUAAUAAUAUCCUGUAAAUGUCCGGCUCGAGAGGAAUAGUAGAAGGUCAAGACAAAAUAUUGACCAGACUCAUAGUUGCUGUCAACCGUCUGAACAAAUAAACUGAAGAAAUAAUAAAGCAACCACCAGCCAUUGCAUCAUCAUCAUCAUGAAACCGUGUCCUUAUUUUCAGAGGCCACCAGAUGGCGCUCUUAGUCUAAAAUGAUGAGCGGUUUCAUUGAAAUUGUUGUUUAAAUCCAGAGAUUUUAGAGCAGACAGCGCCAUCUGCUGCCUCUGAAAAUGAAGACACUGUUUCAUGAAGCCUCAUCAGCCCAUCACUGAAGUUAUUAUCAAGUUUCCAAACCACCAUG